AUGCGGACAAUGAUGGCAGACGAGCUCGUCGCCGCGUCGCCUCCCCCGCCGGGCGUGGAGUCCAACUUCAACAACCCGACCGAGUCCCUGGUGCCCCAGGUCCUCGUCGUCUCUAUCGUGCUCAACCUGCUCGCCAUCCUCUUCUGUGCCGUCCGCCUGUACACGGCCAAGGUCAUCAUCCGCCGCCACCAGCUCGACGACACCCUCAUCUUCGUCGGCCUCGUCUUCGCGACCGCCUACUCUGUGGUCCAGGUCUAUGAGACCCGAAAGGGUGCUGGCCACCACAUCUGGGAUGUCAGCCGCGCCGACACCGUCGCCUUCCACAAGCUGAGUAUGGUCGACCUCGCCUUCUACAGCCUGUCCAUCCUCUUCACAAAGGCCUCCAUCCUCGUCUUCUACCUGCGCUUCCCGCUGAAGCCGUCCGUGAGGCUUGUCGUCUACAUCGUCAUGUUCGCCACCGUCGCCUACUCGGCCGCCGGCGCCCUCGGCUGGGCCUACCUCUGCGCGCCCAUGGCCAAGAUCUGGGACCCGGACACGCCGGGGACCUGUGUUGACCGCUCCGCCUGGUGGCUGAUGCUCUCCGUCUCCAACGUUGCUACCGACCUCGCCAUCCUGUUACUUCCAAUAUGGAUUCUGUCGCCUCUGUCGCUGAGGCUGGUCAAGAAGAUCGAGAUGACCAUCUUCCUGAUGGCCGGUGGAUUCGUCCUUGGGCCGAGCAUCGUGCGUAUGGUCAUGAUCCCCCUCGGCUUCAAUAACUCGGAUUUUACUUGGACCGCCUCCAUCAGCAUCAUCUGGUGCGUAGUGGAGGCCAACGUCGGCAUCAUCUGCACCUGUCUCCCCUUCCUCAAGGCCUUCCUGAAGCACGUGUCGCCCAACAUCGCCAAGCGCUUCUCCGUGCCGGACGAGCCCAAGUCGCCCACCGUCUUCGACCGCGCCGCGGCGCUGCAGAGCCUCCCGCCAAAGCCCAAGUCCGCCUGCCGCAAGAGCCUCGGGCGGCCGACCGUGGACGACGUGCCGGACGCCGAGAUGCAGGCGGUCAAGCGGAACUGGCCGCUGAAGAACGACGAGCCGUUCGACCACGUCGAUUACCGCAGCAUCCGGGUGUCGCACGACCAGAGGUCGCCGCUUGCCGUGAAGCCUGUCGAGUUCGCGGAAAUGGUGUGA